GCAGUGGGGCUCCAGUUGGCUGUGUGCGCUCAGACGCACAGACGCAAGCAUCCCACUGGCUGGAGUUGGAGGACACUCUCGCCCUUUUCGCUUCCACCACUGCUCUGAUCCCUUGUCUUUGUCUCCCGGCGGUGAGAAGACCACCCGCACGGGAGGGAAAGAAACAACCACUUCUUUUUGUAUAGAGUCAGAGAAACUGUGCCGAAUCGGGACUAGACACUUUUUUCUUGAAGGGGGGUGAAAUAUCUCGCAUGAGGCGAGCUGGAUCUGUUUUGUACAGCGGAGCGCGCACUGUUACGUCUUUUCAAUGGAUUUCAAUACAGUGGAAGUACCCUGGGAAUUAAAUUAAGUCGCUUUUAGUUCGCAAAUUUCGUUCCAAAUAAGGGUUUAUGUUUCACAUGGAGAGGAAGACGAUGAUCCUCCCAGUACUGUAUGUCCUUCUGCCUCUUUUAGAUGUGUUGUCUUACGCCGAGGAGAACCUGCGCGCCGGGGCCACCCGGCUGGACUGUGUGAGGGCCAGCGAGCAGUGCCUGAAGGAGCAGGCGUGCAGCACCAAGUACCGCACCAUGAGGCAGUGCGUGGCCGGCGGCAAGGAGAGCAACUUCAGCAUGGUGGCCGGCCUGGAGGCCAAGGACGAGUGCCGGAGCGCCAUGGACGCGCUCAAACAGAGCCCGCUGUACAACUGCCGGUGUAAAAGGGGCAUGAAGAAGGAGAAGAACUGCCUGCGCAUUUACUGGGGGAUCUAUCAGACAUUACAAGGUAAUGAUUUCUUGGAGGAUUCUCCGUAUGAACCAGUGAACAGCCGUCUCUCUGACAUUUUCCGCCUGGCUCCCAUCAUAGAGGGUGGGGAACCUUGGAGCAGCUCCGCCACCUCGGCUCCAGGCAGGGGGGGCACCCAGGGCAGGGUAUCCCAGGGCAGAGAGCCCGCUCUGGGCAGAGACAGCCCCUCCACCACGGACCUUCAAGAUCCUAGUAGAAACAGGAGAGCUCAUCCCAAUUGGGCCAUACUGGGUGAGCCUGCAGUGGCCAGAGAGAAUAACUGUCUGAAUGCUGCCAAGGCCUGCAACCUGAAUGACACGUGCAAGAAGUACCGCUCUGCCUAUAUCAGCCCCUGCACCAGCCGCGUCUCCACUGCUGAAGUCUGCAACAAGAGGAAGUGCCACAAGGCCCUGCGGCAGUUCUUUGACAAGGUUCCUCCGAAGCACAGCUAUGGCAUGCUGUACUGCUCAUGCCCGCUUAGCGACCAGACAGCAUGUUCUGAACGCAGGCGUCAGACCAUCGUCCCCGUCUGCUCGUACGAAGAAAAACAGAAACCCAACUGUCUUGAACUACAGGCCUCCUGCAAGACCAACUACAUCUGCAGGUCACGACUGGCUGACUUCUUUGUCAACUGCCAGCCGGAGCCUCGCUCGCUGUCAGGCUGUCUGAAGGAGAACUACGCAGACUGCCUCCUCUCAUACUCGGGUCUGAUUGGUACCGUGAUGACUCCCAACUACCUGCGCUCACCCAAAAUCAGUGUGUCUCCCUACUGCAACUGCAGCAACAGUGGCAACAACAAGGACGAGUGUGACAAGUUCACAGAGUUUUUCACCGAGAACACCUGCCUCCGUAAUGCUAUCCAGGCCUUUGGAAAUGGGACAGAUGUUGGAGUGUGGCAGCCGUUGUCCCCCGUCCAGACCACCACCUCCACCACCACCCCCUACCAGAGGAACCGUGAACGCAACCCCAACACCAUCGACAACACCAUCAACACAGACCCUGGCAUUUACCACUUCUGUGGCAGCCUACAGGCACAGAAAUUGAAGUCAAACUCGACUGUUGAUGGCGUCUUCUGUGUGGACCCUCAAAUAGACGGUCCCAGUACGUCCAACGCCAUCUUGAAAAACUCGGCUGUCUCCAGACGGCCUGCAGGCCUGGCCUCUCUGCUGCCCCCGCUGCUCUGGCUGUGCUACUGCAGCCUGCUGGAGCUGUCCUCGCCGGGCGUCUUGUAGCCUCGCCGCUUCACAGCAACAAACAACGGACUGACAAACACACAUUUGUAUAAAAGAAAAAGCAAAACAAGAAAUUAUAUCCUUUCUUCUCAGUAAUACCUGUUGUACUUUUAUUUCCCUCUGGAUUCUAUCUCUAUUUUGAUUCCUACUUUGAUUUUUUUAUGAAUUUUGUUGUUUUAUUGUUUUGGAUUUUUUUUGCAUUGCAGCUGUGUGCUAAAACGGUGAUCUACUACAAGUGUUAACUCAGUCUGGCUGUGUGUUCCCUUUGGGUUAGUUGGAAAAAAAAGGGAUUUAAAGCUUCUGUGUUGCUCCCUCGGGCAGAAAUGAGAAAAUACUCGAGGACUACAUUCCAAUAAACCACAGCUGGUGGCUCUUGGAAAGGUACACAAUGUAAAUUAGCAUCGAUUUUCACAGUCGUCAACUCAGUUUUCACCCAUGUCUGUUUGUGUGUUGAGGCUAUAGGUGGGAUCUUUUGCUCAAAAGUCACAGUCAGUUCAGUAACGGCUACAUUUUAUCACUUGGGCAGCCUUUUCGGUGUUAUUCAGUCUCCUCUGUGGUUUGUGUAUGUUUUGAUAAUGACGUGAUCUGGUAUUUUACAUUUUUACGAAAGGUCCAUUUGGAUUUUUUUUCCUGACAAAAAAAUGUCACUAGAAAGCCUUUUUCUUUCAGGGUGAACACCAAUAACUUGAAACAUUAGAGAAGCUAGAACAUCUGCGCCCGAGCCGUCUUUACUGUAGCUCAUACUGAACACAUGUCGCCGCUGGCAAAAGCACACAGGCAAAGACCCACAAACACAUACUGCACAUUUUCACACAAUCAGACAAAAACACAAAGAAACACACACACACAACGCCAGGCUUUCCGCUCCCUUUUUUUUUUACACCAACAGAGCGACACUCAGAGAUCACAGGACAGUAGGUGAUACGCUGCUGUGGAUGGCUGAAUCCACUCCACUCAUUAGUGAUUGUACAUACUUGUAACUGUUAGAAGUCCAAGCCAUGUUCAGGGUUUCUCUGCAGAAGGUGACAGAGAAGCUGCUGCAGUUUCACCUGAAUGAUUUCUUUCUUUCUUUGUUUUUUUAGUUUCGAUGUACUUUGCUGCACUGCGUCCACAAAAACAAGAGCUGAGGAAAAAAAAAAGCUUAUUGUUGUAGAGUAUAUUCAGCGGUAACUCCAUCGCACCGAAGCUCAAAGCAUCCUUUUCUGUCAGUUCAGUGUUACGACUUAUUGCCUCAAUUGUGAAACUGUCAACACGUGUUUGGGGAGGGAGCAAUCACUUGAUUAUGACUGCUUGCUGAGCCUCGCUACCCUCGCUUACCGCCACUUUAACUGUCAGGUAUUCCAGUAUAGCAUGCAUGCAGUUUACCAUAAUAACUGUGACAAAGUUGCUGCUUGAAUUUGGUGGUCAUUUUAAGAAUAAUUGGCCUUUGAUUUAUGAUAGAAGUGGACAUAAGCACCCUUCUAAAUUUAGCUGGUGACCAGUUUUGACAGCUUAUACGACAAUGGUCACUGGCAUCCACUGUAGCUAACACAUGGAUAUCUCUGUCUGCCGAGUUUUUAUUGUUUACAUCUGGCUCAUUUUAAAAUAAGGACGAGGAUUUUUGUUAUGCAUUUGACUUUUAUUUCAUAAAUACCAACCCAAGUGCCGACACUGUACAUUUCCACAAAUAUGCAGAUAUGUCACAUUUGUUUGUUCUGCAAUGCUAUAUCGUAGGCAACUGGACUUACUUGAGUUUCUUGAAGACAUUUCACCUCUCAUUCAAGAAGCUUCUUCAGUUGUAACAGACUGGUGCAGAGUCACAUGUGUAGGUAGAUUUAGGCACAAAAAACAUUUAGUUAUGUUUGGAAAAGAUCAUGUUUAGGCUAAAAACCCAUGGCCUUGGUGGCACAAUCUUGGCCAGAGAAGCCACCAAUGUCUCCAGUGAUAUUUGGUUCAAGAUGUCAAGUGCUUUUCGUGGCACUAUCCCCGCUAGAAAAACAGGGACAUGUUGUUAAAAAGCCACUGAAAAUGCAGCGAGGACUUGGCAUGUUUCUUGACUAGGUGUCAAACCAUCAUCCAGCUCAUACCAUGUCACUUUAGAAACGUUUAUAUGUAUUAAAUGUACUUGUAACGUGUAAUGUAUUUGUCGACUGACUUUGAGGAUGAGGACUAACUGAUGGGUUUGACAAACCUGCCCACCAGUUGACGUUCCAGGCUUGUUCUACCCUAACUUGUAACCCCACUUAAUAAUGUAGUUAGCUACGAUCUGCCAAGACAUUCUCACUCCCAACUUAAUAAAUACCAAUACUUGGUCAGUGGCCAUCAAGCUACGAUACUCUAGGUGUUGGACGUGUCAGGAAUGGUGUGUAUAUUUCUGCUGUUUUCAUGCAUAGUGUUUUUUUCCAAAAUAAACUUUUGUGUUUAUAGGAAAUGUACGGUUUCCAGUUCUUACAUGCGUAAACAUUUAUUUAGGUUUAGGGAACAAAAGUACUCAGUUAGGUGGGGUACGGAGGCUUUAUAGUUAUGUAGUUAGAAUAACUCGACUUUUAGUGUCACAAAGGACACAAACAAGAAUAAACAGCUGUCUCCUGGAUGAAAGUCCUGUGUUUGUUUGACCCAUCCAUCUACUCCACUCCCCUCUCUACGCAGACUUUCACACUCUUUAUACUAAGUGUGUCAGUUGUUCUGGCUGUCCAAUGUUGCUGUGGAUGGGUUUACAUUAGAGUUAGCUGAAAGCCGCGUGGGUCUCGUACAGAGGCUAAAGGGUGCCUUGUGUGUUGGUGUCAGAUACCAAGGGCCACUGACCAAGCGUUGGUGUUUGAAGAGUUGGGAUUGAGAAUGGGUGGGAUCUGCUCUUGGGUUUGGAAGUAAUGCUGUGGUAUACAGUAUAUGGUAUAUAGCUGCAUAGUUACAGUAACUCAACGUUGACUUUAAGUUUCACACGGGACACUAACAGCUGUCUCCUGGGUGAAAGUCCUGUAUUUGUUUGACAAUUCAUCCACCCCAACCUCCUCUCUACAUGGACUUUCUCACUCUAUAUACAGUGUGUUGUUAUGGGCAUCUAAUGGGUUUACAUUGGAGAUAGCUGAAAGCCCGGUGCAUCUCAUACAGAUACUAAAGGGUGCCUUGUGUGUCGGACACCAAAGGCCACAGACCAAGUGUUGGUGUUGGAAGAGUUGGAAGUGAGAACCGGUGGGAUCUGCUCCUUGGCUUUGGAAGUAACGCUAUGGAACUACUGUAGCUAGAAUGUGAAUUAUCAAAGUGUGCUAACUUUGAACUCGCACUCUGUAUCCGAACCGUGUACUUCUGGAUAGGUUAAAGAACGCAACAACAUCCUCUUUGUUUCCAUUUCUGCAUGCUGAUUGGACGACAAAGCCGCUCUGCUUACAAACAGUAGCAAAAUUCCAACUCAAGAAUCGGGUUUGGGUGGAGGGGCUCAGCAAACAGUCAACUCUGUCUUGUUAUGAAACCGACUGUGGCAAACACGUGACAUGUGACUUAUGUACUGUAUGUAAAUCGUUCAAGCAUUUUGUAUGUCUGCUCCCAAGGACUGCUGGGAAAACAAAAAAGCCACCAUCGCAAAUCACGUUCAGCUCUCGCAUCUGUCCUCAUCAGCUUCUCAGAUGGAGGCGUGUGGUUUUUCAGUUCUCCUCGGAGUAAAUACACUUCCCCUACGACACACGAUCGAGACGUUUACAUCCAUCACUGUGGCAUGUUCAGCAAGUUACUUUAGCCAUCCAGACACAGACAGGAGCAUUUACAACACACUGCUUGGGUUUAUGUAGCUUCUCGAAACAUGAUUAAUGUAUAGUAGAACUUAAAUGUUAUUUACCAAGCAUAAACAUGGUAUAUGCACUGUAUGUACUUGGCUGAAACUAUAAAUUGGACAAAUAAAUGUCUGAUGAUAUUCUAUUCCA